AUGCUACGAGACUUUCUGCUGCUGUCCGCCGUCGCCGUUUGCGUGCCAGGGCAGUUUCCGUACCAGGCGUCGCUGCAGGUCUCUGCCUUGGGUACCAGGCACCACAGCUGCGGCGGAGCCCUCAUCUCCAUCUCUGCCGUCCUCACCGCCGCCCACUGUGCUCAGAACUCCACAUACUACGCGGUGGCCGGAGAACUGAAGCUCAGUACUGACGAAGGCACCGAACAGACGUCACUGAUGGCAGAGCAGAUCGUGCACCCUGACUAUCCAGGAGAUAACGUACUUAUUGUCAACGACAUCGCCAUCUUCAAGCUGGGCACCGCAUUAUCUCUGAACUCCUGCGUGCAGACCAUUCAGCUGCCCAGCGCGGGAUCCAUCCCUCAGUCGGGCUCAGUCGCGAUCAUAUCCGGCUGGGGCAGCACGCCUACUGAGCCAACGUCGGACGCCCUGCUGUGGCUGGAACUCCCCAUCAUAGACCUGGACACCUGCCGACAGGCGUUGGGAGCCAUCGGGGAGGACCAGGUGGUGGACACCAUGGUGUGCACAGCCCCAGGCACGAACGGCGGCGGCGUCUGCAAUGGCGACUCCGGCGGUCCUCUGGUGCUGAACGGUGACGUCAUCGGCCUCUCGUCGUGGACUAUCUAUCCGUGCGGUUCAGACGGUCCAUCUGGCUUCACUAGGGUUUCUGCUUACAUUGAUUUCAUCAGCCAGUACCUGUAG